AAGAAAGCAAUUUGCCAAUUCCAAGCCAUAACAUAAUCGAUAGAGUCUAUCGAAAUAUCGGAACAACCUGCAUAGAUGGUGCCAGCCCAGCUACGCGAAGCAUUAGAUAUAUGUAAUUAUGUGUUUGCAUUUGUAAAAUUGGACUUGCUACCCAAAUCUCAUAUGUAUAUCGAUUAAUGUGCCACUAAGCUGAGAUCAGAGGCAGCAUGAGUUGGUUUGAAAAGGCCAAAACCGCACUAAUUGAGGCGCUCGAUAUACAGGAUGAUGACAACAAGGCAACGGACAACGUUGUCAGCACUGCUGACGAUGCCGCCUCCACGCCCGGUGCCAUAGCUGCAGCAUCAGCAGCAGCAAUAAAAGCAACAACAACAACGAAUGCAUCAGAAUUGACAACGUCAGCGAUAGAGGGCGCCACGUUCUACGACAAUCCGCAUGCGAACGAAAUGGUCACAAUUCCACCCAGAGCUAGUGAUGCCUCCACAGUAUCUGCUUCAGUUUCGGGAGCAGGAGCAGUCGCAGGAGUCGCCCCAUCAAAUCUCUAUGCGAAACGCCAGUCGGCUACAUCGGAUUCGGUUGAUUUGUUGUCUUCGCCAUCGCCCACGUCGCCAAGUGGCUGUUUGCGCAACUCGGAUUCCUCUUCCCUGGAGCUAAUUACAGCGCCAACAACGACCGCUAGUGAAAUGGAAAUGCAAAUGUCACCGGAUACGGAAGCAUCGUUGCCCGACAGCAUUGUCAUCAUAGCCAGUAAUGAAACCUCGGACAAUGCCGAUGGCGACGAUGAUGAUGACGAUGAUGAUGAUGGGCAAGCGCUGAAUAUGGAGCAGGAUGAUCAUUCCCUACACCUAAAUGAUUCAACAAAGACGAUGAAAGCUUUGGUAUUUAGUGAGACCCAGGCGGCUGCCAGUGUGACAGGAGCGGGAGGGACUGGAGCGGAUUCGGAUUCGACGCAAAGCUUUGAAGAUAUUCAAAUGCAGCUGAGCCACCAUCAUCAUCACAAGAGUCACCACAAAUCGGGUGCUGGCAAGAAAACGGAAAUGGCCGAUCAGAGCUACUCCUCGACGUCUUCGGACAUUGAGAUCAUUUCUAAUCCGAAUGGUGAUUCCAGUACGAAUAGCACCACGACCCGAACCAGUCCGCAAAAAUUCAAGGAACUGAAGCUGAGCAAUCAGCAGCAGCAGCAACAACAACAACAGCAGCAACAGCAACAUCAACACCAGCAUGGCCUCAAGCCGAAGGGUCAUCAUCGUGAGCCGUCGGAGAUAUCGCUGCUCUCCGAGGAUUCGCAAGCGGAGCUGGACAAGCUUGUGAAUCGCAUCAGUGAACUGAAUCAGGUGAUUGAGGCACGCGAACAGCGACUCCUACAAUCGGAGCGUCAAAAUGCUGAGCUCCUGGAGCGGAAUCAACAGUUGUCCGCUCAAGUAGAGGCGGCCAAGAAUAGCGCCGAUAGCAGCGAGGCAAAUGAGGCAGUGCAGCGUCUUUCGGCGCUGGAGAAGAAGUUUCAGGGCAGCAUUAGGGAGCGGGAGGCAUUGCGCAUACAAAUCAAUAGCCUCAAGGAUGAGCUGCUCAAUAAAAUACCCAAGGAUGAGCUAACUGAAUGCAAUGAGAUGAUCCAAGCCCUGCAGUCGGAGGGCGAGAAACUCUCCAAGGAGAUACUGCAACAGUCGAACAUCAUCAAGAAAUUACGGGCCAAAGAGAAAACGUCGGAUACGCUCCUCAAGAAGAACGGCGAACAGAUCUCGGUGCUCUCCAGCGAAUCGGAGCGCCUAAAGAAGUCCCUCGCCGCCAAAGAGGAAAUGGAGCGCACCCAAAUUGAAGCCGUGUGCCGGAUGACCAAUGAGAAGCGUCGUGUCGACGAGGAGAACGCCGAGAGUCGCAGUCGGAUCGAGGAUCUGCAAUCGAAGCUGGCCGCCCUGCAAACCAGUUUCGAUGGCAUCAAAAUUGAACUGCAACAGCGGCAGCGACACGAACAGCAUCAGAUGCUUGCUGAGAAUCAGGAGUAUGUGCAGCAGCUAAACGAUAUGCGCGAGAAGCUACGCCUCACCGCGCACAACAUGGUCAAGCGGGAGCAGCAGUUGCGCGAGGAGAAUCGCGAUCUGUUGAGACGCCUUGAGGCAGCCGAAUCGCGGGCGGAGUGCAGCACCCAGGAGCUGAGUAUGUCCACAACGCCGCUGAUCCGUCAAAUCGAUGCGUUGCAAAAGACGCUCAAUCAGCGCAACGCCAGCUGGGUCAAGGAAGAGCAACAGCUGCUCCAGAAACUGGAGGAUUCACAGGCCCAACUGCGUUCGCUGCAGCAGCUCGAAUCCGUGCAACAUGAGAAACAGGAGCUGCUGCGCACACGUUGUGAUCUGCUCGAGGAGAAGCUAGCCAAUGCCUUGAUGCAGGUGGAGAGCGCCAAAAUAACGUUGCACCAGCAGGAACUAGAUGCCAGUCUCAGGGAUAACGAUUACAAGAGCCAAGUUGUCUCGCUGCAGGAGCAGCUGCAGCAGCGCCAGGACAAACUGGAGCCAUUGAUAGAACAGUGCCAGCAGCUGGAGGCGGAGCUGCGCAAAUUGCACGCAUUCCAGCGCACGAGAAGAAGCAGCAGCAGCGAACUCACCGUCGAGGCAGUCAAUGCCAGCAACGACCUCUCCGACAGCUCCCGUUGCCCAGCCAAACAACAGUUGAACAUCUCGCCGCCGCUCAGCCUGGCCGAUGAUAGUGUCUCCAAUGAGGAUGCACUCGGUGGCAUCAUUGAUUGGCAAGGCGAUGACUUGGAGUGUGCAUCGAAUAGCGGUCGGCAACCGACGGGCCUCAUACAGGGUGUGCAUUUGAGUUUUAUGGCCGGGAAUACGACAACGCUGGAGCAUUUGCAGGCGCUGCUGAAGCAGCGUGAUGGCGAACUGACGCAUCUACAGUGGGAACUGUCGCGUCUGCAGGCGGAACGCGGCGUCCUCGAUAGCCAGAUAUCCAAUUUGACAAUGGAAAUGGAGAUGUUGAAGGAGAAAGUGCAAUUAUAUGAGGCGAUGGAGAAGAGCUUUGAGGAUCUGCAGCAUCGCUAUGAUGCACUGCUGCAAAUGUAUGGCGAAAAGGUGGAGCGCACCGAGGAGCUGGAGCUUGAUCUUGUCGAGCUCAAGCAGGCGUACAAAAUUCAAAUUGACGAGUUGCUCGCUGCACCGCCUCCGAAUCUGCAGCGGACGCCGAAGCACACAUGAUUCUCGUCGUCCCUGGACUGCUGGAGACGCACCUAACAGCCAGAUGCGGUCUCUUCCUGCUCCACUUAAUCCAAUCAAUUCCAAUUAACUGCAAUGUAUUAUGCUUCCUAAUGUCGUCAGGAACCAUUACUCAAUGGUUCCAUCCACCCCUCCACCAGUACCAUUUGUCUAUUUUACCAGGCACCAUAUAUAUCUAUGUGUAAUCGUCAUAUAAUAUAAAAGUAAAUAUAAUUUGCGUGUUAAACAAUUUCUAGUUAUAUUAUGAAUAUGGAUCGAUUGUGAUAAUUUUUAUUUAUACUUAUGCAUAUAAAUUAAACAAAGAAAGAAAA